CUGUGGCCAGUGGGCAGUGGGCCAUGCCGGGGGCAGUGGAAGCCCCCAGCUGGAAGCAGGCGGAGGACAUUAGGGACAUUUAUGACUUCCGUGAUGUUCUGGGCACGGGGGCCUUCUCGGAGGUAAUCCUGGCAGAAGAUAAGAGGACUCAGAAGCUGGUGGCCAUCAAAUGCAUUGCCAAGAAGGCCCUGGAGGGCAAGGAGGGCACCAUGGAGAAUGAGAUCGCUGUCCUGCACAAGAUCAAGCACCCCAACAUCGUAGCCCUGGAUGACAUCUACGAGAGUGGGGGCCACCUCUACCUCAUCAUGCAGCUGGUGUCCGGCGGGGAGUUGUUUGACCGCAUCGUGGAGAAAGGCUUUUACACAGAGCGAGACGCCAGCCGCCUCAUCUUCCAGGUGCUGGAUGCCGUCAAGUACCUACAUGACCUGGGCAUCGUUCACCGAGAUCUCAAGCCAGAGAACCUGCUGUACUACAGCCUGGAUGAAGACUCCAAGAUCAUGAUCUCUGACUUUGGCCUCUCUAAGAUGGAGGACCCAGGCAGCGUGCUCUCCACCGCCUGUGGGACCCCGGGAUACGUGGCCCCUGAGGUCCUAGCCCAGAAGCCCUACAGCAAGGCUGUGGAUUGCUGGUCCAUAGGGGUCAUCGCCUACAUCCUGCUCUGCGGUUACCCCCCCUUCUAUGACGAGAAUGAUGCCAAACUUUUUGAACAGAUUUUGAAGGCUGAGUAUGAGUUUGACUCUCCUUACUGGGACGACAUCUCUGACUCUGCCAAAGAUUUCAUCCGACACUUGAUGGAGAAGGAUCCAGAGAAGAGGUUCACCUGUGAGCAGGCCUUGCAGCACCCAUGGAUUGCAGGGGAUACGGCUCUAGAUAAGAAUAUCCACCAGUCGGUGAGCGAGCAGAUCAAGAAGAACUUUGCCAAGAGCAAGUGGAAGCAAGCCUUCAAUGCCACGGCUGUGGUGCGGCACAUGAGGAAGCUGCAGUUGGGCACCAGCCAGGAGGGGCAGGGACAGGUGGCGAGCCAUGGGGAGCUUCUGGCACCAGCAGCUGGGGGGCCAGUGGCUGGCUGCUGCUGUCGAGACUGCUGUGUGGAGCCGGGUCCAGAACUUUCCCCUGCACUGCCCCCCCAGCUCUAGGUCCUGGAGCCAGGGUCAGGAUCCCCUGCC